UCGCUUCAUCGUGGAGAAGGGAACAUAUACUCGAUCGCUAUUUCGAAUGGCGUGGUGUUUACUGGCUCUGAUAGCUGCCGCGUUCGUGCAUGGAAGCAGCCCGAUUGCAUGGACCGUGGGUACCUCAAGGCUGCUGCGGGCGGCGUCUGGGCCAUUGCUGCCUAUGGUAUAUUUCCUUUCAAGCAUGCCAUUAGUAGCUACUCAUUUAAUAAUUUCAUGGACCAAAAGUGAGCUGAAUUCACGUGUAUAACAGGAAACAUGUUGUUCACAUCACACAGAGAUUCAAGAAUCAGAGUAUGGAAUUUCACAGCUUCACAUAACCUGACAUCCAAGAAGCUAUGUUCACUCCCCAAAAGAACCUCUUUCCUGUUAUUCUCCAAAACAGAGACCACCCAUCUCCACAAAGACACCAUAUCCUGCAUGGCUUAUUACCACGCCCAGGACCUCCUCUACACCGCCUCCCACGACAAAACCGUCAAAGCCUGGCGGAUCUCCGACCGAAAAUGCGUUGACUCCUUCCUCGCCCAUGAGGACAAAGUCAACUCCAUAACAGUCAACCAAAAUGAUGGCUGUCUCUUCACCUGUUCCUCUGAUGGAACUGUCAAAAUCUGGCGAUGUCUAUACCGGGAGAACUCCCACACACUCACAAUGACACUCAAGUUCCAAACUUCCCCUGUGAAUGCUGUCGUUCUCAGCUCCCACUCUGACGGCGAGACGAUCCUCUACUCUGGUUCCUCUGAUGGGACAAUCAACUUUUGGGAAAAGGAGAGGGUUUCUUACAGAUAUAACCAUGGUGGGUUCUUGCAAGGGCAUCGAUUUGGGGUGCUGUGUUUGGCGGUGGUGGAGAGGCUGGUGUUGAGUGGGUCGGAGGAUACGACGGUGAGGAUAUGGAGGAAGGAGGAGGGGGGUUGUUACCAUGAGUGCUUGGCGGUGCUUGAUGGGCAUAGAGGGCCGGUCAGGUGCCUGGCUGGGAGCUUAGAAAUGGAUAACAUGGAUAUGAGUUUCUUGGUUUAUAGUGGGAGUUUGGAUCAGUCGUUUAAGGUCUGGAGAGUGAAGGUAAUGUUGGCUGAAGAAGAGAACAAUGGUGGGGAUUUGAAGAUGAACAAGCUUUAUGAGAUGAGUCCUGUCCUGUCUCCUUCUUGGGUUGAGAAGAAGCUUCAAGCUUCUAACUAUUAGAACAAUAUAAUCCUUCAUUUCAGUAGAUGAAAAAUGGUAAUUGAAAGGCCCCAAUUCAUUGUUUGUCAAGAACUUGAAACUACAAGAGGAUCUCAAAUCUUUGAUAGAUUCUUGGGUAACAGC